UGAACCGUGUGAAUCACGGUUUCAUGCAGACUCCUAUGUGUACAAGGAGGAAUAAUUGCAACUUUUGCCCCUACUUGUAGAGUCUUGGAGUUUCCACAUUUCCAAAUGUUAUUUAGAGCCGGAAGAUCGGAUCCUUUGGAAAAAUUCGCAAAGUAGUGUAGUUUAUUGUAAUUUUUGAAUAACAGCGACAGAUAAACAGAGAUGCAGGGCGACACUGUGUACGACUAUCCUGACUCUCAGCCUGCAGGGGAAAAACGGGCAUGUCUACAGCGAGGAUCUCUGAAGAGCAUCAGUGUGCUGGACCGGCUCCUGCUUACACACCCUGUGUGGCUUCAGCUCUCCAUUAACUCAGCUACGGCUUUGCACAUCCUGCGGCGUGAGCCCUCUGGGACCUUCCUGGUGCGAAAGUCCAGCACAUCAAAGAACAAAAUGCUUUGUGUGCGGCUGGCCGAUGACAGCUUGCCAUCCUUCUUUAAACAAUUUGUCAUCCGAGAGGAGGACUCAGCCUUCUCAUUGGAAAGCUCAGGCAUCAGUUUUCCAGACUUGUGUAGACUGGUUGCCUUCUACUGUGUUAGCCGGGAUGUCCUUCCCUUCACUCUGGAGCUGCCCAAGGCCAUAGCCAAGGCUUCUUCGCAUAAACAGUUGGAGUCAAUCUCUCAUAUGGGUUUGGAGUUUUGGAGUUCCCAGUUUAAUGUCCAUGGUCCUCGUAAUGGAUCUCCAGUCACCGACAAACUCUUGCCCCCAGCUCCAAGCCCUCAAGACUGCUCUAAGCCUAUUGACCCAAACCCCACCCCAUUCCAGGAGCACCGUCCAAUUCAAACACGGAGACCCUGCGAGUUGAAUUACGGGGGAGGGAAAGAAUUGUGCUUUAUCAACCCUCUCUUCCUGCAAGAAUACCCUGGUCGCAGCGCCACACACAGACGUCAUCAUUUCAAAUCCAGCGUGAAGGUCCGUGUUUCCACUGAAAAUUCUAGCCCUUUAUCACCACCUGUCAUCUCACCCCCUCCACCACCAUUACUGGCUAAAGCCAAAUGCAAAGCUAGAUUGAAAGCUGCUAAGCUGGCAAGCCCACCUUUUGCAGUUCAAGCCAGUGAGGAAGCUAUCAAGAAAACAGAUCAAGUGCAAGAAGCCACAGACUAUGUGCAGCCUUGUAUGGCUUUGCAGAAGAGGGCCUCUGCCAUGGUCAAACCUACCCUUUCUCCCACUGCUGAGGAAGAUGGCUAUCAGAUGCCCAAAGCUCUUCAAAAGGCUCAGCCGAAAAUCCUGCAGCAGGUAGGACAGGAGGGAGAUGAGGAUGAGGAGGAAGGACUGGUGCUGGAACAGCGACGUGUUCCGUCCCUCAGUGAGCUGGAUAGCAACAGUUCCCUUAGUAGCCUCGAUGAGACAGAGGAGAAUCCUGAGCGUCCUCCCCUCAUACGAGGCUCCAGCAAUCCCAUCAUACCUUGUCAGUCACCUCCCCGGAAGUCCAUUUCCGCCCUGCGCAAGAUGAGCGCCGCCUUCAUGUCCUUUUUUGCACCGGAGAAGCGUGUGACGCGGCUGGUGGAGGACCUGUCUCGUGACCGCCGUAUGGCAUUCGGUGCUCUUGUUCAGGAUUUUCUGAGGCAACAGAGAGAGGUGAAGCCCCUGUGCAUGACCUCUGCGGUACAGCUUCUUCAAGAUUUGCGUCUUUUCAUCAAUCAUGCCAAGGUGUUCCUCCUAGAGUGUGGUGAGCUGGAACCUCCAAUUGAGACUCUUAUUCCUGAAAAUGAGAAAGACCAAGCACUGGAGAAGGCCAUGUUCCGAUGUGUGCUGAAGCCUCUGAAGACUCAGAUUGAUGCAGCACUUCGGAAUCUGCACAAGCAAGAUGGCUCCUUCCAGAGAAUUAUGGACAGCCUGCAAAGAGCUAAAGGAGCUUCACCACAGCAGCUUUUUGGGGUUCAGGUGGGCAUACCUGAUGCCCAGGGCAUUGAAAAGAUUAGGCACAAACUGACUCUAAUGCAACGGGCCUAUUCACCCAUAGACAAAGUGCUGCUGCUCUUGCAGAUCUGCAAACUAAUUUAUAAAGCCAUGAAAAACAAAUCAGGUCAAGAAUUUGGAGCAGAUGACUUCUUGCCUGCUCUCUCCUAUGUGAUGGUGUUGUGCAAUAUGCCUGAGAUCUGUUUGGAGGUGGAGUACAUGAUGGAGCUUUUGGAAAGCUCUUGGCUUACAGGAGAAGGCGGUUACUAUCUGACAAGCGUCUAUGCCAGUCUAAGUCUGAUCCAGAGUCAGCAAGAGGGUGUUCCACCCAGCGGCCUUACAAACCAUGCAAGAGAGUCUCUGAAAGAAUGGAGCCGGCGUCGGAGCAACGAACCCCAAAGUCAAAAAAACAAUCAAAUGCACCAGAGGUUUGUUAAGGUACUGUUUCAAGAUGGGGUCAACAGCUCGGUGAAAUCUCUGCUGUGGAAGACUGGGGUCAAUGGUGAAACUAUGGCUCAGUUCUGUGCUGUGAAGUUUGGGGUGGACCGGCCUGAUGAUUAUAGCCUGUACUGCAGAAGAGAUGGGGAUUUAAUGCCUCUCCCACUUAAUGCCCAGAUCGAGGACCUGCAGAGCAUGGGCACAAGUGGGGUUCCCCUUAUCUACCAGGCGUUCAAUCAGGACGAAAUUUCCCCGAAGCUGACCAGAGGGGGUGCAGUGGAUUUCACAGAAGAGGCUUCAUAAUAUUUUACUUUCUGUAAUGUAGGUCCAUGACUUGAUACCAGCAAAUCUUUAUUUCAUACAGCAUGAGCAGUUUUCACUGAAUCAGUUGUGCUUUGUUAAACUGUUCAGUGAAGGUUGAUGAACUAAUGAAACCAGCACCAGCUGUAGAAAUGAAAGGUAUUUAGCCAAAUAUGAAAAUUCUGUCAUCAUACUCACCCUCACAUAUGACUUACUUUCUUCCAUGGAACACAAAAGGUGUUAACCUCAGUCACCAUUCACUUUCAUUGCAUAGAAAAAAAAAUAUAUUUAAGAUGCAUAGUAAAAGAUGACAGAAUUUAGAUUUUUGGGUAAUCUUUUAAACUAUUUUAACAGCAUUUCCACUGAAUUUAUUUAAUCUUGACCGUAAGUAGUGACACUUUUAACACAUAACUUUAGUUUUUGUGUGUAUUAUUGGUAAUUAUAGAUCCUAUUCAGUUGGUGUUGUGUGAUCUUCAUUGAGCUUGAUUUAUAUGGUAUUUCCUUCGGUUAUAUGAUUUAAGUUUCAUAGAAUUUUCAAAGAAAGUUCAGAGCAGGGACUACUUGGUUAAUAAUGGAUUCAUUACUCCAACAGUUCUCAGAGAGUGUUUAGUUUUAUUUGUAAAUACUUCCUGAGGUUAAAUAGAAAAUUAUGGAAAUUUCACAUUUAAAAGAUGGUAAAUAUGUAAUAACUGGAUUUUAUCUUAUUGUUUACCUUGUAUAAUAUUUGUAUCAAAUGCAUUAUAGUGUUUUGAAAGCUAAAUGCUGUGGUAUUUUGUAAUAAAAUGACAAU